CAUCAAGACCUAGAAAAAACAAUCCUCUACUUUCGUUGUUAAAAAGACAAAAAAGUAAAACUUGUCCUUCUAACCAAGUACUAUGUGGAGAUGGAUGUUGCAAUAAAAAGCGCUGUUGCGAUGGGUUUGAAUGUUGUAGUGGAAAAGAUGUGUGUUGUGGAAGUGCAUGUUGCGAUUUAAGCAUUUGUUGCGGGUUUGAAUGUUGUGAACCUCCAAAUGUGUGUUGUGAAAAUAAAGAAGUCGGUGUAACAGAUUGUUGUGAACCAGACAAAUGCACAAAAGAUGGUUGCGAUGGAUGA